AUGGAGGUUAAGGACCUGGAUCAUGAUUGUUUCUUAGUCAAAUUGGAUAACGAACAGGACUACUUCCGGGCUCUGACCGAUGGUCCGUGGGUGAUUUACGAUCAUUAUUUGGUCGUUCAGCAAUGGACGCCGAAGUUUAAAGCUUCGGACCCGCUUCCGAAGACCAUGAUCGUUUGGGUUCAGCUCCCGGCUAUCAAAAUCCACUUCUACCAUAAGGAGGUUCUCACUACUCUGGGCAAUCUAAUCGGUCGGACUAUCAAGCUGGAUUAUCAUACUCUCACGCAGCAACGAGCUAAGUUUGCUCGCAUAGCGGUGGAGGUGGACAUUUCGAGGCCUCUAGUUCCGAGAAUCUGGCUAGAUGAUGAGUGGCAGAAGGUCGAGUACGAAAAUCUGCCGGAGGUGUGCUUCAAGUGCGGGAAGAUUGGACAUCGCUCCGGUUCCUGUCCGAGGAAUACUAUCGGUGCCUCAUCGGUUUUGGUGGAGUCCGCCGGCGAUCUGUCGCUGACCAGUCCCUCGUCCCCGCCGGAGGAACCCAACCAGGGGUUCGGGCCGUGGAUGCUAGUGACGAGGAAAGCUCGGCGGAUUUCAAGGGACAUUCACCGGAAAGGUAAGUCGGAGCAGGAGACAGGGACGCAGAUUGCGACAUCAAGUGGGAAAAAUGGAAUUCGAGAGGUGAUAAUUAAGGAAGGGAAUCAUUCCUUACCUUCCACGAACUCCCCCAGCGGCGCUACUCUGCAACGGAAUUCAAACCAAGAAAGGAAAUUGUUUAACGGGAAAAAGAGCGGGGAGGAGACGAAGAAAGGAAAAGGUAAAUCGUUUAAGGAGGCUGGAGGGAUAGACAAAGGUCUUCUUGGGCCGGGGCCCAGUUUGGUUGGUCUUGAGGCAGCUGGGCCGAAGCCCGUGGUUAUUGAUGGGAGUCAGCCCAUUAGUCAGAAGCAAAUCAAGCCUCAACAACAGGUUGCGUCGAGGGGGUCUGAGCUCGACAAAGGGCUUCUGGACCAACAAGAGACGACGGGCUCCCCUCCUCAGCCACCCGUGUUUCACACUAUCGUGGGCCCAAAUGGUACUGUGAUGAAUAUUGUGGAGAGUCCACAGAUGGAGAACGGCGAACAAAUCUCUGGUUCCAGCCCCUCUCUAUCGACAAGAACGAAACAGAGUAAGAACAAGAAAGUGCAAGGGAAGAAGAGAUCGCCCAGCAAGCUUAAUCCGGCAAAACCCCUCCAAAUUUGGUCACCGGUUAAAGAAAGAAAACCAAAAUCUAAAGCUCGAAUGGCGUCUUUGACUCUACAAGAAAUUCACGCCUGGACUGAGGCAGCAAAACAGCCGAGGAAAGAGGACAAAGCGCCGGAGAUAGGCAAGUCGGCCGGCCGCCCAACUCCAGCGAGCGGCCCGGACGAAGAGACGAUCGCCAAGGCGUGA